AUGGUAGUACAGGACCGCCGGCCCAUCACACCCCCACCUUGUGUUCGACUUUCAAUAGUCGAUAUCGCCACUGGUAAAGAGGUUAACUAUAACGAAAUCGACCAUACCAUGUUCGUCCUAAACGUCGAUCUCUGGAAUGCUGAUGGAACGAGAGAGGUAAACCUCGUCCGCUCCUCCACCGCGACGUCAUCGGCUACUUCGUCGUCAGCAAAUGUCACUGGAUCACUAUCACAUAAUAGUACGGACGCAGCUCAUGGAACGCAUGGAACAUUGUCUGGGCGUGAUGCAUCCUACAAUCGGCACUGUGUACCCCCAUACACCUCAGAGAAUGCUGCACAGACAAGCUAUAACGACGUAUAUCGCCCAGCAAGCACCUAUGCUCAUUCAUCACAACACUACCCCCAGAACCAUGGCUACAGGCCAGAGCAACCCAUGGCGCCACACAGCAACGAUGUCCAUUCGCGAGCGCCUUCGACAUGUGACAGCUACUCUCAAGAGUCAAUGAAUAUGCCAAGAAUGAGUGUUAGUGGAGGGCAGCCACAGGGAAUGUUCACUCGGAACUUAAUCGGUAGCGUUGCCGUCAGUGCAUUCAACUUGUGCGAUACAGAAGACAAGCGAGGUAUCUGGUUUGUUUUACAAGAUCUCAGCGUCCGGACUGAAGGGAAUUUCCGCAUUCGAUUUUCGUUUGUCAAUGUUGGUCCUCCAGGAGGGCGUGUCCCGCAAGACGGAAACCCGGCAAAGGUCACAACUGGCCGGGCACCAAUCCUCGCAUCUUCCUACAGCGAAGUGUUUAGUGUUUUCUCGGCGAAAAAGUUCCCAGGUGUUUGCGAAAGCACGGCCCUCAGCAAGACAUUUGCGGCGCAAGGCAUCAAGAUACCCAUCCGCAAGGAAGCCGGCAAGGGCGAUGAUGAGGAAGGCUACGGGGAUUAA